AUGGCAUUUUCACAACCUACACUGGUACGAUUUCGAUAUACCGAUAGUAAUAUACCCAUAAUUGAGAGUACAAACCGCUUGAAACCGGCCAAAUUACAGCGAAAUAAGGAACACCGACAUAUCCAAGAUAAUAGCUUUAUCGACUGGAGCCGAGAAUCAUAUACAUCAACUCCUAGUAUCACCUCUCGCAAGUGGAUCAUAAUCGUCUUGACAGGAAUUAUCGUCGGUUAUGUCACCACCGUUCUUGAUUUGGCUUCUGCGUGGCUCAAUGAUUUGAAAAAAGGAAUCUGUUACAGUAAGCGAGAUCAAUGGUCGCUCCUUAAUCCGUAUCUGACAUGUCCUGUUGAUGAAUGGCACAAUUGGUCUGAGAUAAUAUUUGGAAGUAAUGGCCUGGUUUCAGCAAUUUUUGUCAACUUUCCCAUUUUCCUCGUCCUCGCCGUGCUCUUGGUUGGUGGAGCAGCAUAUAUAACCAUCGAGCGCCUUCCUGUUAUCAGACAUUCAGGUAUCUCAGAAAUCAAGAUCAUCAUAUCUGGUUUCGAGUACAAAAUUGACUCCUACUUGGGUUUACCAGCUUUCUUGUACAAAACUCUUGGUUUGACAUUGGUUGUGGGCUCGGGUGUCUGGCUUGGUAAGGAAGGACCUUUGGUACAUGUUUCAUGUUGCGUAGUCAACGUUCUUUACGAGCUAUUGGUAACGUCUUCCGAUAGAAGCGAAGGACUCCGCCGUGAAUUGUUAAGUGCAGCCGCAGCCACUGGAAUAGCUGCUGCGUUCAACGCGCCAAUUGGAGGAGUUCUUUUUGUUCUCGAGUGCAUGCCCACUUACUUUAUGCCCACCAGGAUCAUGUGGAACUCGUUUGUGGCCACAACAGUGGCCGUGGUUGUGCUUACAGGAUCCAAAGUGUUUACAGAAGGCCAGAAUUUCGACGAACAAGAUUUGUUUCUGGUUGAGUUUGGAAAUUUUAGUUGGCUUUUCAUGGAAACCAUUCCAUUCGUUUUGCUCGGAGCCAUAGGCGGAGUGCACGGCCACUAUUUUGUGAAAUUGAACCGUGCUUUCUCGUCAGUUGACUUCAAGAGCAGGGUCCACUCAAAACUUUUAUCCAUUUGCAGGAUUUCAGAAUCAAAGUACGGCAAUUAUAUUGAGAUUAUCUUGAUUGCAAUAAUCACCAGCAUUGCAAAUUUUCCGUUACAAAUUUCAAAACUUCCCUUGAACGCAUACCUCAAGGCGCUCUUUUUAGAGUGUCCUGACUCUGACGACCUAACCCAAAACUCCUCCAACUUCAUGUGCCUGGCAUCCUCGGGCGUGACCAUAGGGAAACUUUUGUUCAUUGUUGCUCAAGGUUCCUUACUUGCAGCAUAUACUUAUGGCGUAUAUUUACCAGGUGGAGUACUCACGCCGUCUUUAGUUCUUGGUGCCACCACUGGACGUUUACUAGGAAUCAUAUCCCAACUUCUCCAACUGGCUCUUAGUUUGGAUUCUUUGGCAACUUGCACUAAGAACUCUUGCAUAGUUUCUCCUUCAUCGUAUGCGGUUGUGGGUGCUGCAGCAUUUGGUGCGGGAAUCACCAAGUUCACCAUGAGUAUCGUGGUGAUAAUGUUCGAAUUGACUGGCGCUCUCACUUACGUAUUACCAAUCAUGUGUGCGGUAAUGGUUCUGAAGUUUGUCAACGACCUGUUGAGCAACUACAACAUCUAUGAUUCGUGGUUGAAAUCCACCUUCAACAGAGGAAUGGACUACAUGGGCCCAGUCAAUGAGGGAAAAGGUGACGGAAUGUGUGAUUUCACCAAUGCAACAUCAAGAGUGAAACAAAAACUUCCUGAUGUACCUCUCUUAUCGGUUAUGGUUCAACCUAAACUGCUAUACAUUGUGCCUGAUACCGACUAUACCAUUUCUCUGAUUCUCGAUCUUGUCAACGGCGACAACCAUGAAGGCUACCCUCUUCUCUUGAGCACCCGCGAGCCUGUCAGCUUGGGUUACAUCACCAAGGUGGAUUUAAGAGCUGCCAUUCUGACCGUUGAAUAUUUUUUACCCCAGGAUAUGGUUAUCAGUUUGCAGGUAUCAGGGUUACCAGAUAUCGCUUUAUCACAACAACUACACUACGAGAGAUCCCUUGGUCAAUGCGUAAAGCUAGACAUAGCUCCUGAUGUUCCAAACGUCAUUGUCAACGAAAGUUGCCGGUUGGUUCAAGUAUUGGAUAUGUUUGAAAAACUACACUUGAACUACUUAUUGGUCGUUUCCAGUCAGGAUGAUCAUAGAAUUUUACGAGGUUUUAUCGACAGAUAUAUAUUGGCGGAGUUGAUCCAGCGAGAGUUUACUGGCUUGUACGACUACUCAGAGUAUGAAGUUGAUGACGUUGUUAGAGAUAGACACAGCUUUGAGUUGGUUACAUAA